CGUCCUUUGCACUUCGAUAACAGUGUCACAAUAGUCAUGUGAGGAAAUGUAAGAUACAAGUAGCACCCUUUAAUAUCACGGUUUACAACUUAUAGUGAACUCAGGAGACUUCAAAAAACAGUGACACUGUGGACACUGAACCGACAAGAUGCAGCACUUACUCAUCCUAUCCCUGGUUGUGCUUGGGGUGUGCGGAUCUCUCCCAAACCAACUCCUAGACAGUGAGUGGGAACAGUAUAAAAGACAUUAUGGAAAGAACUAUUUUGCAGAGGAGAGCAGAUACAGGCGUCUUGUCUGGGAAAGAAAUCUUGCCUACAUUGCCAAGCACAACCGUGAAUUCGAUAUGGGAAUCCAUUCGUAUACAUUGGGGCAAAACGAAUAUGCUGAUAUGACAAGUGAAGAGUUCGUUGCCCGUAUGAACGGUUAUAGGAUGAGAAACGUGACGAGAGGAAACCUUCACAUACCAAAACGUGGUGUACAGGUCCCAGACAGCAUAGACUGGAGAACACAGGGAUAUGUCACUGAGGUCAAAAACCAGGGCUCUUGCGGUUCGUGCUGGGCCUUUUCUACCACUGGUUCCUUGGAAGGACAGCACUUCAAGAAAACUGGGAAGCUGGUUUCACUGUCUGAGCAGAAUCUUGUGGACUGUUCCAGAGCCGAAGGUAACCAGGGCUGCCAAGGUGGCUUGAUGGACAACGCCUUCAACUACAUCAAGAAGAACAACGGGAUCGAUACUGAAGAAUCGUACCCCUACAAGGGAACUAACGGUCAGUGUCACUUCCAGGCGUCAAGCGUUGGCGCCACAUUGACCAGUUACACGGACAUUAAGAAGGGCAGCGAGGAUGACUUGCUGAAUGCUGUGGGCACUGUAGGACCAGUCUCUGUAGCCAUUGAUGCCAGCCAUUUGUCUUUCCAGUUGUACAGAUCUGGCGUGUACGAUCCUUUUUUCUGUAGUUCUACGCGCUUGGAUCACGGCGUUCUUGCUGUAGGAUACGGCAGUGAUAAUGGCAGGAAGUACUGGCUGGUGAAAAACAGUUGGGGAAAAACAUGGGGCCAGAAGGGAUACAUCUGGAUGGCGCGAGAUGCUCGCAACAAGUGUGGUAUUGCCACUUCUGCCAGCUAUCCAGUUGUCUAGUUUUGUGACCAUUUAAAUGACCAGCGUUCAUUUUUCUUAAGAAAACGCCUUUUCUCUAUGCCACCUGUUAUCAGUCUGAGGGACAAAUCAAAGAUCAAGUAAUGCCAAAGCAAUUUUGAACCAGGUGUGCUAUUAGGACAAUUCAUUUAUUCCAUGUACAUGUAAUUUUUUUUACUUUAAUCAGUUUGAGAGGAACUUCAGUCGUUCAAACACUCUUGUAUGUGAUUAGCUUCUUCUUCACAUUGACAGGUACUCUUCAGUUCUUCACUCCUGGAAAUCAGUCUCAAGAUAUGAAUGUCCGCAUAUCUGAGGCCAAAAUUUGUUUUUACUUCGUCUUCCACGCCAUACAAUUUUAAUGUUUGCACGGAGAUAUCACCGUCUGUUUUGUUACAGUAUGUGUUCAACUUAUAGGUGAAGCUUUUCUUUCACCUAGCACUGUAUUAGUAUACUAGUAAGCAUGCUUAAAGGCACAAAAAAAAUUAACCUAGGCAUAUGGUUUCCAACGAUGAAAACCUUUAAACAGAGAAUAAAUCCAUAUUUCAAUUAUUUGUACUUUUUCAAAA